UGUUGCAUAUAUAGUAGAAUUGGCUCCAAAUGAUUCCCGCCAUUUCCCCUUUCUCUCUCAAUCCUCCCCGUGGAUUCUGGAACCCUAAAGCCCCAAACCAAGCCGACAUUCAUCAAACGGUGCAACGAUUCCCGCCAUUCCCCUCUCUCUCUCUGUCUCUCCCUCUAAAUUCUCACUGUAGAUUCUGGAACCCUAAAGCCAAUCCCAAUCUCAAUCCUCAGUGACGUACAACCAUGAAAGAUACCCCAAAGAAAGACAUUCAAUCUCCAUUGAAGUCAAAGCAAUCUCCUGGCCGUUUCAUUCCCAAAUCCCCUUCAACCCCACAAAUCUUAACUACUCCACCUCCGGUUCUCCGCCGAUCUGCUCGUAGGUCAUCGUUGCCGCUUGAUAUGCAAAAGCCCAGUGAUCAUACUGAAGAACCCACCAACCUUUCGGUGAAAGUCCCAAGAAAGAGGUCAGCAAAUGAGAAGAAAUCCCCUCUUCAAACUCCCCAGAAGAGUUCCAGCGAUGAACAAUAUAGACACAAUUCCAAAACCCCCAAAACCUUAAAGAGCAAAAAAAAUGACGAGCCAAUGGAAGAUGUGGUAUUGGAUGAGGUUUUGUUCUCACCUGUGUCACCGGAGCAAUCAGAGACUAGGAAGAGAAAAAGGGUUGAAGAAAGGAAAGUACUUACAAGGCAAAUGGUAGCAAAGAACUCGGAAAGUGGUAAUAAGUCGAAGAAGAGGGUUUAUUACAAGAAAGUGGUGUAUGACGGGGUUGAAUUUGGGGUGGGGGAUGAUGUGUACGUGAAGAAGAGAGAGGAUGCCAGCUCAGAUGAUGAAGAUCCUGACAUUGAGGAGUGCAGAGUGUGCUUCAAGGCUGGGAAAACACUGAUGAUCGAGUGUGAUGAUUGUUUAGGUGGUUUCCACUUGAAGUGCUUGAAGCCACCAUUGAAGGAUGUACCUGAAGGGGAAUGGAUUUGUACAUUUUGUGAGGCAAGGAAGUUAGGUAAAGCCAUUGAGUUUCCAAGGCCUCCUGAAGGAAAGAAAUUGGUGAGAACAUUGAGGGAGAAGCUUCUCUCGAGUGAUAUGUGGGCUGCCCAUAUUGAAAGUUUGUGGAAGAAAGCGGAUGGAAGCUAUUGGUCUCAGGUGCGGUGGUAUAUGAUACCAGAAGAGACUGCUGCUGGAAGGCAACCCCAUAAUUUGAAGAGAGAGCUUUAUAGGACCAAUGACUUUACAGAUAUUGAGAUGGAAUCUAUCAUUAGGCAUUGUUAUGUCAAGAACGUUGAAGAAUAUGCCAUGGCCAGCAAUGAAGGGGAUGAUGUUUUUCUUUGUGAAUAUGAAUAUGAUAUACGCUGGCAAAGUUUCAAGCGUCUAGCUGAGAUUGAUAAUGGUGAAGAGGAUGGUGAAGGUUCUGAUGGUGAUAAAGAUUGGAAUUCUUAUAAGGAUGCAGUCUCUGAUACAGAUGAAGAAAUGGAAUAUGAGGAGGAAAACAUGAAAGUGUUACAAACCCGAAGAUCGUCAAGUCAUGUGUUGGCUGCAAACUUACGGAAGGGGCAGUUCUUUGGACUUCAAAAGAUAGGGAGUAAGAAAAUACCAGAGCAUGUACGAUGCUGCAAGAAGACUGAACUAGAAAGAGCAAAAGCCACACUUCUGCUGGCAACUUUGCCCAAGUCGUUACCUUGUCGAAAUAAAGAAAUGGAGGAUAUAACAUCAUUUAUAAAAGGUGCCAUUUGUGAUGAUCAGUGUUUGGGACGCUGUCUUUACAUUCAUGGUGUUCCUGGAACAGGAAAGACUAUGAGUGUACAUGCAGUGAUGAGGAGCCUAAGGUCAGAAGUAGAUGCAGGAUGUGUAAGACCCUACUGUUUUGUAGAGGUUAAUGGUCUAAAAUUGGCAUCACCAGAAAAUAUUUACCGGGUCAUAUAUGAAACAUUAAGUGGACACAGAGUGGGGUGGAAAAAGGCUCUCCAUCUUCUGAAUGAGAGAUUUUCAGAGGGAAAGAAAAUUGGCAAGGAAGAUGACCGGCCUUGUAUUCUACUUAUUGAUGAACUUGAUCUUCUCGUAACCAGAAAUCAGUCGGUCCUGUAUAAUAUUCUUGAUUGGCCAACUAAACCACAUUCCAAGUUGAUUGUGAUAGGAAUAGCAAAUACCAUGGAUCUUCCUGAGAAAUUGCUUCCCCGAAUUUCAAGCCGAAUGGGUUUGCAUAGGCUUUGCUUUGGCCCCUAUAAUUAUCAGCAGCUUCAAGAAAUCAUUUUGAGUCGCCUGAAAGGAAUUGACGCAUUUGAAAAGGCAGCCAUAGAAUUUGCUUCAAGGAAGGUGGCAGCCAUUUCGGGAGAUGCGCGCCGUGCUAUUGAGGUCUGCAGGCGUGCAGCAGAAAUCACAGAUUAUCGUAUAAAGAAAGCAAAAUCAAUUGGCAAUCCCACUUCUGCAGAAAAAUGCAUUGUUGGUAUGUCAGAGGUUGAAGCAGCCAUUCAGGAAAUGUUCCAGGCACCUCAUAUCCAAGUUAUGAAGAGUUGUUCCAAAAUGAGUAAAGUUUUCUUGACGGCUAUGGUGCAUGAGCUUUAUAAAACAGGGAUGGGCGAAACUACUUUUGAGAAGUUAGCAAUGACCAUUUCAUGUAUCUGUACAAGCAACGGUCAAGCAUUCCCAGGUUGGGACAUACUCUUGAAAAUUGGCUGUCAACUUGGUGAAUGCAGAAUUAUUCUAUGUGAAUCUGGAGCUCGUCACAGGUUGCAAAAAUUGCAGCUCAAUUUCCCAAGUGAUGAUGUUUCUUUUGCACUGAAGGACUGCAAGGAACUACCUUGGUUGGCCAAGUAUCUAUGAUUCGAGGCGCAGACAAUGCGUUUCAAUUUCUUAAUUUACAUAGACAAUUUUGACUUCUAAUUCUUCUCUCAAUUCUUCAUUCAUAUUUAUCCGUGUUUGAUUUCAACCCCGUUUAUCACCAUGUUCUUUUAAAUACUGAAAUCUUGAACCUCAUAUUUUUCUGGAGGACUCUGUCAUUUGUAUCAGAUCUAGAGGCACUGCUAUUUUUCUUGAGACUAGCAACAAUGAAAAAAGAUUUAUUGUUUUGCGAAUAAAGGUAUAAACUUUGGCAUC